GCCGCGGCAGUGCCGGGUUUGAGCGUAGCCAAACCUACCCACCGUUUUUAUAACCCGAUUCUCUGUGUUUUGCUCCCGUCUCCGACGAGAGAGGCGGCGACGGUGGCGUCUGCGACGGGAGACAGCGCGUCGGAGCGAGAAAGCGCCGCGCCUGCCGCCGCCCCAACAGCGGAGGCGCCGCCGCCAUCGGUCGUCACCAGACCGGAGCCGCAGGCCCUCCCGAGCCCGGCCAUCCGUGCUCCGCUCCCAGAUCUCUACCCGUUUGGGACCAUGCGCGGAGGCGGCUUUGGGGACCGGGACCGGGACCGGGACCGUGGCGGAUUUGGAGCGAGAGGUGGUGGUGGUCUUCCUCCAAAGAAAUUUGGUAAUCCUGGGGAGCGUUUGCGUAAAAAGAAGUGGGAUUUGAGUGAGCUCCCUAAAUUUGAGAAGAAUUUUUAUGUGGAACAUCCAGAAGUGGCAAGGCUGACUCCAUAUGAAGUUGAUGAGCUACGCCGAAAGAAAGAGAUUACAGUGCGAGGGGGAGAUGUUUGUCCUAAGCCUGUCUUUGCCUUUCAUCACGCUAACUUCCCACAAUAUGUAAUGGAUGUGUUGAUGGAUCAGCACUUUACAGAACCAACUCCAAUUCAAUGCCAGGGAUUUCCAUUGGCUCUUAGUGGCCGGGAUAUGGUGGGCAUUGCUCAGACAGGCUCUGGGAAGACAUUGGCAUACCUGCUGCCUGCAAUUGUUCAUAUUAACCACCAGCCGUACUUGGAAAGGGGAGAUGGCCCAAUUUGUCUAGUUCUGGCUCCUACCAGGGAGCUUGCUCAACAAGUACAGCAGGUGGCUGAUGACUAUGGCAAGUGUUCAAGAUUGAAGAGUACUUGCAUUUAUGGAGGUGCUCCUAAAGGCCCCCAGAUUCGAGACUUGGAAAGAGGUGUUGAGAUCUGCAUAGCUACUCCUGGACGCCUGAUAGAUUUCCUAGAGUCAGGAAAGACAAACCUUCGCCGCUGUACUUACCUUGUUCUGGAUGAGGCUGAUAGAAUGCUUGAUAUGGGCUUUGAACCUCAGAUCCGUAAAAUUGUUGAUCAAAUCAGGCCUGACAGGCAGACAUUGAUGUGGAGUGCAACCUGGCCAAAAGAAGUAAGACAGCUUGCAGAGGAUUUCUUGCGUGAUUAUACUCAGAUCAACGUGGGCAAUCUGGAGUUGAGUGCCAACCACAACAUCCUUCAGAUUGUGGAUGUCUGCAUGGAAAGUGAAAAAGACCACAAAUUGAUUCAGCUGAUGGAGGAAAUAAUGGCUGAAAAGGAAAAUAAGACCAUAAUAUUUGUAGAGACAAAGAGACGCUGUGAUGACCUCACUCGCAGGAUGCGCAGAGAUGGGUGGCCGUCAGUUGUCUUGCCUUGCUUUGAUUGUAUAUAUAAUUUGGCUCUUUGUGGGUUUUUUUUCUCCCCAGAAUUCCGUUCUGGAAAAGCUCCCAUCCUCAUUGCCACGGAUGUAGCCUCUCGUGGGCUAGAUGUGGAAGAUGUCAAGUUUGUCAUCAACUAUGACUAUCCAAACAGCUCAGAGGAUUAUGUGCACCGUAUUGGCCGAACAGCCCGAAGCACCAACAAGGGCACUGCUUAUACCUUCUUCACCCCAGGGAACCUAAAGCAGGCCAGAGAGCUGAUCAAAGUGCUUGAAGAGGCCAAUCAGGCUAUCAAUCCAAAACUGAUGCAGCUUGUGGACCACAGAGGAGGCGGCGGAGGAGGGGGUAAGGGAGGUCGCUCUCGAUACCGGACCACUUCUUCAGCCAACAAUCCCAAUCUGAUGUAUCAGGAUGAGUGUGAUCGGAGGCUUCGAGGAGUCAAGGAUGGAGGCCGGAGAGACUCUACAAGCUAUCGGGAUCGUAGUGAGACCGAUAGAGCCGGUUAUGCUAAUGGCAGUGGCUAUGGAAGUCCAAAUUCUGCCUUUGGAGCCCAAGCAGGCCAAUACACCUAUGGUCAAGGCACCUAUGGGGCAGCUGCUUAUGGCACCAGUGGCUAUACGGCCCAGGAGUAUGGUGCUGGCACCUACGGAGCUAGUGCUACCACCUCAACUGGGAGAAGUUCACAGAGCUCUAGCCAGCAGUUUAGUGGGAUAGGCCGGUCUGGGCAGCAGCCACAGCCACUGAUGUCACAACAGUUUGCACAGCCUCCAGGAGCUACCAAUAUGAUAGGUUACAUGGGGCAGACGGCCUACCAGUAUCCCCCUCCUCCUCCACCCCCUCCGCCCUCUCGGAAAUGAGGCUACUUGAGGGGGGGGGAUGACUUGUGCAGACUUAAUUACAUAAAGGAACACCGACUUCCCUUUUAUUUUCUUUCUUCCCUUUUCUUUAUUUUUUUAUCUUUAUUUUUUCUCCCAACCAUUGCAAUUUGCCCUUUCAUGCAGAUUAGUUAGAAUUCACUGCCAGGUUUCUUCUGCCUGCCAAAAUGGUCCAGUCUGUAAUAACAGAUUUUGUAAAAAGUAUAUAACUGACUGGAAGAGAUUAAUUUCUUCCCCCAACUUUGCAUGUUGAGGAUAUCUGAGCUAUUUUUCAUUUUUAAAAGAAAAAGUAAGGUAUUAGGCUCCUUCAUGGGAGCCAGUUUUUCCUUGUCCUGAGUUGAUGGGGAGGGAAGGGGGGGGUUCUGAAUUGUUCUGCAGAAGAAAGUGGCAUCUGUUGUAAAUGCUCUCAUCCCUGGGUUACAAAACCAAGAAGGUUACACAUUUUUCAUAAUGGUUUUUAAUGUUUCUCAAGUUGGGUCCGGUUCCUCAGUUUUUAAGACCAUGCUUUGCUGUUGUCAUUUUGGCUCAUAAUGGCUUAAGUGCAUUUGCCAGUUAAAGCUUCCUAAUUGGUUUUGUAUCCCUUACUCUGCCUUUCCUCUUUUCCCUCACUGUUACUUGAAAAAUAGCCAGUUUAGUGUCAGUUUAGAAAAUGAAUUGCUGAGUCUACAUGUAUCUUUUUAAGUUAACUGCAAGCAUUUCUCACACUGGUUAAACUGUAGCAUCUCAGCAUCUGGGUAAAAGCUACCUGUUUUUCUUCCCCAUAUAACCAGGGACCAUCUGUGAAAUUGAUUUUUUAGCCAGCUGCUGUGAGCAAAUGUAAUAAAUGCUCACUGGAAAUUAACUUUAUUGAAACAGUUGAGUCUGCAUUUGCCGGCAUUGUAAGAAGCUUCUUUAUUUAUAGUAUACUCAGAAUGGCCAGAUUUUUGUUUUUAAAGUCAGUAUUUGUAGAGUAAGAGCAGCUCUUUGCCAGCCUCUCUACACCUAUGGCCAAAUUUUCUUGAGCAAAGACUGAACCCCUCUAGCCUCUCCUUUGUCCUCUGCAGUGCUGUGUAACAGCCCUAUGGGUGCACAGUGUCCCCUGCAUCCUUCUGCACUCAGCUCUUCACAGGUAGGUAGUACUUAGGAAAUGAUCUGGAGGAGAGCCAAAGUUGGGCUUUUUUUGUUGUUGUUUUUUAAUACUUUUCCUCUGAAUGAAGGUAGGUGAAUUUGUCCUCUUGUAAUACUGCUUUGCUGAGACUUCAUAGCAGGUAGACCUGGAAAGGAGUUUCUGCUCUUGGUUCACUGUAAGCACGACAGGGCAAUCAAGACAGUUCCAAAAUCCCUUUCCAGAUCCAGUGUGAUGGAAUAAUUUUUAUUCUAGUACUGGUACUGUUUGCACACAGUGGAAUUAAGAGUGGACUGAGAGUGCUUGCUAGUUUAUAAGGCUUAAAUACUGAAAUACUUCCAAUUUUUUGUUUUCCCUUUAAAAUCCUACAAGGAGAAAGAAGGGAUGGUUUCUGAGGGGUUCUGACAGUAUGAUUCAGUGUGCAGCAUACAGGUAGGUUAUCCGCAUAAGUUGAAAUGUAUAUGCAUGUUAAAGCCUUUCACAGCCUUUCUUUGUUUUUUUACCUCCCCUUUCAUUUUGUUCCCCAUCUUAGAGGUGGAGGCCAAGGGAGGAUGGUAGGAAUAGAAGAAAUGUGGCAAAACUGCUCUUGGCUUUCAAAUUUCAGAUCAAACUAUUAUUGUUGCCACUACAACCCACCUCCCCCAUCACCCUCAUCCAGAAAUGUCUCUUAGGUACUGACAAGUCAAGAAAUUUCUGAUAUAUUUUUCUUUAAACCUAGAGAUGCUACCACAGGAAGUGUCCUCUGUGCAGCUCCUACAAACACCCAUUUCAGGGCAAGGUCUUGGUAUGCAAGCAGCAUCUGAAGUGCUUGCUUCCCCUUCAGGGACAUCGUAAUUAACAAAGUAACAGCAAAUUUCAAGUGCUUCUGUGGUUUGAGCACAGCUGAAAUCUAGCAAAACUUUUUCUGUUAACUUAAGGUAACUUCCAUUUUCCUAUCAUAGUUCAGGUUCUGCUCUUCAGAACAAGAGCAAACAAGUCUUGAUGCAUUCAUGUUUGAAACUUACUUAUGCAGAGGGUUUCAGUAUUAAACUGUGGGCUGCUUCUCCCCAGUCUCUUCCUUGCAAUUCAUUGUGUGGACUUCAUCUAAAAGGUUGGUGGCUUUUGCUUGGGAUCAGUGCUCUACUCAUAUCCUUGCUGGUCUCUGAACACAUUCCUGUUGCAUUAAGACUUGAAAGAUUUGUAGAUGUGUGAUGUUCAGGCGCAGGAUGCUAAGCUAUGUUACUAUUCUUAGUUUGUAAAUUGUCCUUUUGAUACCAUCUUGUUUUCUUUUGUAGGUAUAAAUAAAGAUACUGUUGACAAUAA